GGCAAUAUGAACUCUCCUGAGGAGGCGUCUGUUCCAGAAGAAGGAUUUUACGUGGAGGGAGGAGACCAAACCAAGAGCUUGAGCCUUGUCCCAAGGCCUGCUGAGAGCAGCGAGAGCGAAGGCAGCCUCCUGGACCCCAAAGUGAGCGAGUUCCCUUCGGUGUCGCAGCUGGAAGUGUCAGAGCCCACAUCAGUGGUGCUCUGGGCUGGGGGAUGUUGGCCAGAUUCCUCGGUGCCCGAGAAAGAGAGCCUAGAUUCCCCAGUGGACGAGAAGGUGGUUGGUUUGGACUUCCUCUCCCCACCCAGUGUAGAGACAGUGGCCAUCGGGCAUCAGGAGACCAACCUAGAGUCACCAGGAGACGGAGAACACCCAUCCCCAGAGGGCAUUUGUGCAGAGACGGAGACAGAGACAGGAUCCAGCAGGAGAGAUCCGCAGGCCUCAGGCUCUGAGGAGGCAAAGCCAGCCUCUGUUGCCCCUCCCUUCCCCAAGGGACUGGAACAAAGCAGGGCUUGGGUGACCCCGAGGAAGAGUACCUCCAGCAGGAUGGUGAUCGGCGAGGAUACCCACCAUCCUAUUGCUGAACCUGAGUUUUUAGAUGAAUUAAAUGAGGUACAGAUGAUGAGGGUGACCAUUUGCCUCAAAGAUGGGAGCCAGGCUAAGAACAGCGGCCCAGCCGAGACCGGAGACCUAGCCAGACACUCAAAUGUCCAGGCCAGGGACAGUUUCAUCCGGAUGUCCUCCUCGCUACUGACCUCUACUACCCGACUCACCUCUGGCAUGGAAAGGCAGGCCUCGAAGGAACUGGAAGCCUUUUCCUCUAAGAAAAAGCCAGGAGCCUUAUGGGGUAAAGGAGGGGUCAAGCCCAGCUAUCCAGAAGCUCCUGGGACAGGUAGCCUGCCCAAGGCCAAUCCUAGAAAGAAGAUGGCACCGAAGAAAAAACCUCUGUGGGAUGCCUCAGCUGUCACCCUGGGGAGAGCCUUCCAUCAAUGGGGCCAGAGACUAAAGUCAGCUCCUGCAGAGCCAGCCACCUUCCCCCCAAUCUCUGGUGUCGGGCUGCCUGGGAGGUCCAAUAAAUGCUCCCUGCUGCCUUUGAGGCCCAAACAGUGCAAGAACUUCUACACUGGGAAGAGAUCUGGGGCAAAGAGGACAAGGGACUUACAGUUGGUAGCCAAAGAAGACACCGACUUAACCAGGGAUCCCUGCUGUCAGAUUCCAUUUCCAACACACAGGGCAGAGCCACCUGGCCAGAGUGUGCAUCAAGAAUUCAGCGGUGGGGAUAUAAACACCAGAAGCUUCCAGGACCCAGCAAACUCUCAGGCCUUAGCCCUGGGCCAGAAAGGCCCCGUGUCUAGAAGAUCUGCACCAUCUGGAGACCAGGAAACACUUGUGGACCCCUCACCCCCAGAUCCAGAGAUGCAGCUUGGAAUACAGGGUUGUCCCCGCUGCCCAGAGUUACAGAAAGAGAUAGAGGACCUCAAGAAACAGCUAUCGGCCCUGCAGGCUGUCAAUGAGAAGUUCCAGGCGCUUUCAAGUUAAACCCAACAUGUGUCCACAAGAUAUGCAGCUGGUGUCCUUGG